CCACCUGAGGGUUUUGUCUUAGUGGGGAGAUCUCCAAUCCUCAGCUGGUUAAAAGCUGGGAUCGAAUCCCGUAGGAUCCAAACAUCCAGGACAGCUCCAGUUUAUUCUUUCCUUGAUAUUUUAAUUCUUUUAUUCCCACUUUUCCCCAGCCUGCGGAAGAUCAAGGAUCACGACCCGGAUUUCAGCACCAAAACCUUCCCUGAGAAAGCCCAGGAGAUUUUUAUCGAGGCCCACAACUCCCUGGCAAACUUUAACAAGCAGAAGCUUCACUCCCUGGUGACCGAGCGCUGCUACCCCGACAUGGUGCGUGGGAACAGGUACAGAACCAUCCGCUGGAGGUUCCUGGAGUCGCUGGAGCCGCCCAGGGUGGUGCACGUGCGCUGUGAGGGCGUCAUGAACCGCGGCAACCUCUACGGGCAGGUGACGGUGAGGAUGCACAGCCGGCAGAUUUUGGCCAUCUAUGACCGCUUUGGGCGGCUCAUGUACGGCGGGGAGGAGAUUCCCAAGGAUGUCCUGGAAUAUGUGGUGUUUGAGAGGUACCUGGUGAAUCCCUACGGAACGUGGAGGAUGCACGGGAAGAUCGUUCCGGAAUGGGCCCCGCCCAAGGAUCCCAUCAUUAAGACGCUGAUGAUUCCCGCCCCAGCCCCGGAUCCCUCACAGGAGCACGAAAAAGUGAAGUAGAAAGUUCUGGAAUGUGGACAGCGACAGCAAAACUGGCUGGGAGGGGAGGGCUGGGAGAAAAUCCGGGAUUGGGCUCCGGCCACUCCCAAAUUUUUCCUCCAAGGAGCCAGAGGGGCUCGGGAGCGGGGUCUGGAGGAGCUCUGGGAGGAGCUGGGCUCUGUCCCAGAGGACUCGGUGUGCUGCAGCCUCACCCUGAGGAUGAGGAGUCUCGGGAGCAUCCAGGGGCCGCCCUCUGUCCUGGAAUUCCGUGGGAGAGCCCUUGGAAUAUUUGUCACCUCCAUGGGAGGUGCCACAGACGUGCUGCUCGCUCAUUAAAGCUUCACCUGUGGCUGUUGGCUCGAGUUCUUCCCCGUCUCUACUGAUUGCCAAACUCCUUUUUUUUAAAAAAAAGACUUUAAAUAAAGUUCUGUGCUCAGGUGGGUGCUGCCAUUGCAAAAA